UACCGACAAGGGUCUAGAGAGAGAAAGAGAGUGAGAACUGAGAAGAACAAGAAGAUGCAACCGUAUAACGGCGGUGGCGGCGGUGGCGGCGGCGGCGGUAGCAACAACCGGGCGGAGGCGGAGCGAUGGGUCGGAAUCGCCGAGAAGCUUCUGGCGGGUCGCGACCUGGUCGGCACAAAGACAUUUGCGAUUCGUGCCCGGGAAUCCGACCCAAGAUUCGAUGCCGCUGACCUAAUCUUGGCAGUCGCCGAUACGCUCUUAGCCAGCGAGAAGCAGAUCAAUAACCAACCGGACUGGUAUAGUAUUCUUCAGCUUCCGACUCUGUGUCUAGACAUGGACCUAAUCGCGAACCAGUAUCGUCGGUUGGCCCUGCUUCUUAACCCUCAUAAGAACCGACUUCCUUACGCCGAUCAAGCUUUCACAAUGGUCUCUUACGCCUGGUCAGUUCUUUCAGACCCUAACAAAAAGUUUCUAUAUGAUAACGAGAUCAAUAAUAUGUUUACUAGAUUUGAACCCACCCCACCAAAUCGCCCAAAUGAAAUUAACCUUCAAUUUGUUCAAAACCCUAUCCAACAACAACAACCUCCACCACAGUUUCCACCUGUCCAACCACCACCGCAAUGGCAGCAGCUUCCACCUACGCAGCAUCAUCACCGGCCAAAUCUUCCACCUUUUCAGUCCCAAAUCCAGCAUCACCCGCAACAAUUUCCACCGGGGCAGCUGCAAAAUCAGCACCUCACGCCACAGGUUCCACAUUUUCAGCCCCCAAAGCAGCCACAGCUCCCGACCCAGACCCAGACCCAGCAGCAUGUUGUGAGGGAAAACCCUGUAAAUGAACAAGUGCAACCUAAUAGAUCUAUGGAAGACAAGGAUGCUUCUGAAGAAAGUGAAGGCAGUGAAGAAGAAGAUGAGGAAUCAACGUUUUGGACUGCAUGUCCUUAUUGUUACUACAUGUAUGAAUAUCCUGGAGUUUACAAAGGUUGCACAUUUAGAUGCCAUAACUGCAAAAGGGCAUUUCACGGAUUGAAAAUCGAGUCUCCCCCAUCUGCUGCACUUGAUGGAAAAGAUUCAUAUUUCUGCUGUUGGGGUUUCAUCCCAUUAGCAGGAUCUAUGACAAAUCCGACUAAGAAAAAGAAGCGGCAAGAUUGGUCUCCUUUCUCCCAGAUGAUUCCAUGUCCUCCUGCUGUUAAAAAGGCAGAAACUAGAAAGCAGCCACCCGCCGAUGACAAUGAAGAUAAAGAUGACAUCUUUCUUGAUGUAUCGUCAAGCGACAACAGCUCUGAUGGUGACUGGCGAUCUAACAGUGCGAGUAGGAAGAAGAAAGCGAAAUAUACAAAGGAAACAAGUCAGAGUAAAAAUGUGAACAAUAGGGAAGCAGAUAAAGGGAAGAAUGUAGAAGGAGAUCCACAAAAUAUCUCUAUGGCUGCUGAGAGUAGUAGGAAAGGUGCAUCUUCUUCAAACAAUCUGAAGAAAGUGCAGAGUAAUGUUCCUAAAGAAUGGGGGAGAUUGGACUUAAAUGUGGAGUUCAGUAACAAUGAGACAGAAGAGUCUGGUUCAGGAGUUAGGGUAGGAGGAGGAGCUGGGAGUGGGAGACCAGUUCAUGCUGAGGAGGAAGAUGAAGAAGAAGAUGAACCAGAAGAAGGCAUUGAGGGGAUAGGUUUCUUUGAAGGACUUGAUGAUUUUUUGAGCAGUUUACCCAUCCUUAAUGUUGUUGGGGAAGAUAAUAAUAAAGUUAAGGCAGCCUAGCCUAGCCCAGGUGAUCAUCCAUCAUAUGGAAAAUUAAAACCCCUAAAUUUUUUAGUAGUCCUUUCUUUUUCAUGCUGGCUGGUAGGUAUUGGUUAAUGUAAUGGGAGAAUAUUUUGGCUGAAUUGUAAAUGGUGGAAACUCACUCUUAUUAAAUAACUAGCUAGGAGUUUUUACUAAUGAAUAUCUUUCCCUUGUUUACAAUUUUUAUGCACAAUAAUGACAUCUAAUUUUUUUGAUGGAUA